UGGGGCGGGGUAGAUCGAAGCCUGAGGGCCUGUAGCCCCAGUCUUCACUUAGGCUCCAGCUUCUUCCCAAAAUAGGGAUGCUAAGGGUUCCGUUUGUACCUUGAGAGGCUACUGCGCUUGCCCGACUCCAUCCCGGGUAUUCCCAGUUACUUGCGGAGAGCGCCUAGGCACGAGUAGUACUGACAGCACACCUCAAACGGCUAACCUGUUUAGUCCCGUUGUAAUAGCCUUUGGCUGUGCCGCAAGCUUGUGGGCUUAUUGCUCAUUGGCGUGGCUGCCUGGGGCAAGGGCCUGGGUCUGGUGUCCAGCAUUCACAUUAUCGGAGGAGUCAUUGCUGUGGGUGUCUUCCUUCUCCUCAUUGCAGUGGCAGGCCUUGUGGGCGCCGCGAGCCACCACCAAGUGCUGCUCUUCUUUUACAUGAUCAUCCUUGGUUUGGUCUUCAUUGUCCAGUUUGGAAUCUCUUGCUCAUGUCUGGCUAUUAACAGAAACAAACAGGCAGAUGUCAUCAGUGCUUCCUGGUGGGUCAUGAGCAACAGCACCCGGCAUGAAUUUGAGAGAAACUUUGACUGCUGCGGCUUGUUCAACCGCACCGCCCUGCAUGUGCGAGAGGAGACUUCCUGCAGCGCAAUGUGCAGGACCAGGAGCUCUGCAUGCCAGAUGUGUGGAGAGAAGUUCCUCAAACAUUCAGACAAAGCCCUGAAAAUCCUAGGUGGUGUUGGGCUCUUCUUUAGCUUCACAGAGAUCCUUGGUGUUUGGCUAGCAAUGAGAUUCCGGAAUCAAAAAGACCCUCGAGCCAACCCCAGUGCCUUUCUAUGAGACCUUUGAACCCCCAGGUAGGGUCUCUGCAGCCCAGGCUGGUUUCCAGCUUGCUACACAGCCAAGGAUAACCUUGACUUCUGGAUCCUUUCGCCUCAGCCUUCAGUGCUGGGAUCACAGGUGUGUGUCACCACACUCAGCAAGUCUCUGGAUCCAUCUGAUGGCUCUGCUCUUCCUGUGUCUCCCCCUAAAUCCUCAGAAACCUAGAGUGGUCGCCCCAAUCCCCACGUUUUUCCGUUUUUAAAGGCCCCCUUGCCUCACUCCUUAAAACAGAUGAAGUGCUGUCUCUCUGAGGAUCUAGUACGCUCCUAGAAGCCUUUCAUGACUACUUUCCCUCCCCUCAACACCUUUGGGUCCAAGGACAAAAUCAGAA